UUAUGUGUUAAAUACCAUGGGUGUGUCACAGGAUAAAAGAUAAGGGAUAUACAAAAGACAUUUCAGUGUAGCAACUUUCAAAUUUAAGAUUAUUUGAGCUGAAUACGCGACUACCUGAACAGCACGACCUCAGGUGCAACAUUCUACCUGUGAACCAGCCGGCCUAUAAAGGCUGGUGACACGGCCAACUAUGGUCACAGUCACUCGAGCUUGACAGCAAACUAAACGGAGAAACUACAAAAAAAUUGAACAAAAUAGUAAUAAAAAGUAUGGAGUUCCAACAGCUACCGGCUAUUUCUGAGGAGGAGUUCGAAGCCGAAGUCGAUUUGUUUGAUAGGGCUACAGAUCCGGACGAAGUAGACAAGUUGCUAAACAGAUGGUUGGAAAUGUAUCUACCGGCAUUAAAGCCUGGAAACGUACUUGACCAGGAAGCGCAAGAAAUUAUUAAAAUUAGAUUUACAUAUACGGACAAAAUGAUUAAACUUGCAAGAAUAUGUAGACGAAUCAUGGAGCACCAAAGAAAUAUGUCAGUACGAAAAGUGUUAUUAGAACAGCGUCAAUUAACUGUCUCUGCGAGCAACCCUUAUGCGCGGCAUGCUGCACCAAUUAGAAGUAGAUCCAGUGUCAUUGCAAUCCCUGUUGGUUCAAACGGAGGGCAGCACACGGCGCCUCGCAUCAUUUAUAAUGGCAGUUACAGCACUAACAACRGCACCAUAAAAAAUGUAGUAAUUAACGACGUGGAAGCCCAACCGAACAGCGGCAUGGAUGGCAUACAAUCUAUUGCUGCAUAUGAAACUGUUGCUACAAGUUCCGGAACAUCUCUCGUGACAAGUUCAACAACCAUGCAAAUACCAAUCUUGACCAAUAAUAUACACAGUAGGAACAGCGUGGAGUAUAAUCGCCCUUCCAGCACCAGCACGUCAACACAAGUCAUGACAAAUUCAAUGUCCUCUGAAAACAACACAUACAAUAUUGUUGACAGUAAUAACAUCAGGCAUUCAAUAAACAAUGAACACGCGGUGCAAUCGACUAAUACCAUUGAAACCAUAGGAUCAGUAGCUGCAUAUGAAACUGUUGCUACAUGUACUGGAAGCGGCAUCGGCAUUUCUAAUGCCAUGAAUCGCACUGCCAGCAGCAAUACAGCAGCGCUUGCCUUGUCUCAACCCGAGAUAAGUUCUACCACUAUGCAAAUGCCGAUCGUGCACAAUAGUAUCCGGGUUUUGAAUUYCGCAGAGAAUGAUCGCGUUACCAGCACUAGUACACCAAUAUUUAACCUCCCACGACCCGCUGCAAGUUCAACGCCUAUGCAAGCACAAAAUUUGCCCCCUACUGACGACUGCAAUUACACAGUGCUUGGUCCGAAUGGCACAACAGUAUCCAGCAAACAGUUCAAAGACAUAUCAUUUAAGGUUCCGUCCACGGCCACGCGCAGCCUGCUUUGUUUGGUCUUCUCGGAAAAGGUUCUGGCCAAAAAUACACUCAGCGGCAAGCCCUCACCAGCAUUUAAGGACCGUCAACGUCCUCUUAAGGGACAAUUAGAUCCGGACAAGGUUUCAGAUAUCAUAUAUUGUGUUAGAAAGAACACAAAUUUGUCUGAGAAGAAUGUUCGCACCAUCAUCACCACUAAAUGUGCGGAUAGCACAAAGAAAUUGAGACGUCUCAGUCAGCCGCCGAAAGCCACUGAGUGAAUUGAA